AUGUCUUACAAUCAAUAUCCAGGAAACCCGUACGGCGCGCCGCCUCCCGGUUAUGGUGGCUACGGCGCACCGCCUCCCGGCAUGGGAGCUCCUCCCGGCGGUCUCGGUACUGAUGCACCCUCCUCCCCAGAAUCCUAUACCGUCGCUCGCAGCGACGACGAGAUGAGCAUCGAUUCUAACACUCUCCUCCCCCCAGGCCCACCACCUGGCAUGGGCUUGGCGGCACCAGGUAUGGCUCCUCCCCCAGGCAUGGGUGGAACGCCGCCCGGUGUCCAGGGCUUCAACGCGCCUUCGACGUCGAGCCGCCCCGGCGGCCUCCCCGCGAGCUUCCAGCCCCCGGCGAACAUGCCCAACAUCAACUUCAACGCGCCUGUCAUUCGACUCGGCACGGGUGCGCCCAGCGGGCGAGGUGACGGACCGUCGACAUCCUCAGGUGGUCGCCCGGGACUGGGCAGCGAUAGCCGCGGCGAACCGGGCAGAGAUCGGGUUGGACGAGACAGGGAGCAGCCCCAGAUACUGAUCCCGCCGACCCCCGACGAGAAGCUACGAUCGCUUGUCCUCUACCAGAUCCCCGAGUCGCUCACCAGAGAGGAAGAUGUCAGGAACCUGUGCAGCGCAGUCGGUAGACUGCUGUCGUGGGAUAUUUCGACAAGUCUCUGGCCCCGCCAUAAAGACAAGAAAUUUGGGUUCGCACUCUUCGACGACGAGGACGCAAUCUCGAUCGCGCUCAAGCUUUUCAAAGAAGAAACCUUUGAGGUUCCGGUAAAGCGACAGCCCGGCGUUGCUGAGCCGCCCAAGGACGACGACAACUACGAGGGCAUCGAGAAGACCAGACUCCUGGUCAAUGUCGACGAGGUGAUUGCGGAGCAUCAAGAGUCCUUGGCAGAGUCGCAGGCCGGCGACCCAGACUUUCAGGCUCGGCUGGACGCCGCACGCCGUGCCGUCAAGCAGGUCCAGCGCGAGCUCUUCUACCCCCCUCUCAGCACCCGAACCGACGCGACCAACGACACGCCCAUGGGCAACACGGACGCACCCUCAAAUGUGGAAGUUGUGAACAUCUCGAUAGCUCAAGAGGACGAGCUGGCCGACAUCCCUGCUGAGAUGCGAGAGGUUGUGGCGAAGGAAAUCGCAGCGUUCCGUGAGCGCAGCAACCAACGCGACAUGGAGAGACUACGGCGAGAGGAGGAGAUUGCCGGACGGCACCAGCGUCAGAACGACACGUCGGCCAAUAACAUUCCGGUCGGCCCUCGAGGUGGCGCUGUGUCAAGCGCUCCAACGGGCCCCAAGGGCCAGAACGGAACCGAUCGCGGCAUCUCGUUUGUUAAUGGCAGUGGCGCGCAUCACGAGAGCGAAAACGAAGACACGGAUGCGAGCGACAAUGAAUUGGAGCGCAGACGCAUCCAGAGACGAGAGGACGAGGACCACAAGAAGUACCUCGAAAUGGAACGCAAGUGGCUGAAGCGAGAGCGUAUCCGCCAGCAGGCGCUGGAGCGCGAGCAGGAGCGAGAGAGACAGGAGGCUGAGCUCAGCAAGCGGCGCCGGGACGAGCAAUUUGCGCGAGAAAAGGCAUGGGACGACGACGUCGAGGCCGCACGCAAGACGCACCCGUACUACCGCGACCGCGCCGAGUGGGAACGAAAGCGCGCCAUCGAUCGCGCCAUCGAGGAGGCAGCCGACGACGCAGACCGCCGAGAGGAGGAAGAGGAGAAGCGUCGGGAACAGGAGCAGCUCGAGAGAGCACGCGGACAAGCCGACUCUUUCCUCGACCAGCAAGACCGAGAGAUGAGCCAGCGCCCGGCCGCUGUCGCACCGGCUCCGGCACCCUUCAAGCUGUCCUUGGGAGCAGCCGCCCAGCGAGCCCAGGCAUCUCGCGCGGUGCCCCAGCGACGCACCAUUGCCGAAGUGGAGAAUCUCCUGGACGACGAGGACAACGAGCCGGUGGCGAAACGGCCGCUGAUUCCUCUGCAGAUGGAGCCUCUGCCGUCGGGUGCUGGCAUGACGGAGGAGGAGAUAUCUCAGGCAGUCAGAUCGCUGGCACAGGAGAUUCCGACGGACAAGGAUGGCCUCUGGGACUGGGAGGUAAAGUGGGAGUACAUGGACGAGGGCAUCAUUCGCGACCGCCUCCGUCCGUUUGUGGAGAAGAAGAUUGUCGAGUAUCUCGGUGUGCAGGAGGAGAUGCUGGUGGAGACGGUGGAGGAGCACAUUCGCAAGCGCGGGACCGCGGCCGGGCUGGUCGAAGAGCUCGAAGGGGCUCUGGACGAGGAGGCCGAGGACCUGGUCAAGAAGCUCUGGCGAAUGGUGAUUUUCUUCACCGAAUGCGAGAAGCGUGGGCUGCCUGCGUAG